UUAUUAAUACAACUAUUUUUUAAAAUAUCUUAACUUUUGUUGAAGGUUUUAUAUAAUAAAGUACAGAUUGAAGAUAAUAGUAGUAUAUAUAUACACCCACAUCCUAGAGGAGGAAGAUGCAAAACAAGUUCUACCAAGUCAACUUGGAUUCCAAAUCUUGGAACAUAGAUCCAUCCACAACAUAUUUGAAAACAAAAAGAAGAUGCCUUGCCUUUACAUCACCACCAAUCUUAACUUAGAUGGAGUUAAUACUGAUUCCAUCUUUUCUGAAGUCACCACUGCUAUCUCAACAAUCAUCGGAAAACCCGAAAAGUUUGUGAUGGUGCUAUUGAAGUCAUCAGUGCCAAUAUCAUUUGAAGGUAACAAAGAACCAGCUGCUUAUGCUGAAAUAAUAUCAAUGGGUGGCAUAAAUAAAGAAGUGAAGAGUAAACUCAUUGCUACAAUUGGUACCAUAUUGCAAUCAAAACUCUCUAUUCCAAGAACUCGAUUUUUCCUUAAAGUCUUUGAUACCACUGCAUUUCCUACCCGAUCUAAAAUGUAAUGCUUUCAUGUUUCUACAAUAAUUAUCACAAUUGUUUUUAUGAUGUGUACUGUUAUAUACUCCAUUGAUGAUUAAUAAUAUGGUAUCUGCUCUCUCUUUACUUGAA